ACUCUGACCUGGGACAGUGCAUUCCUCCACCUCCCUGUCCUGUCGCCUACUGUCCCUGACAGGGCCACCAUGCUGUCCCCUAGGGCUGUGUUGUUCUUCACCCUGCUCUUGACAGCCAUUUCUCUGGGCCAAAGGGCUCGGAAGCCCUCUAGGGCUCCAUCCCCUAUCAGCACCAUCCAGGCCCAGGCAAAUUUCAAUGUUGAGCAGUUUGCAGGGACAUGGCUCCUUGUGGCUGUGGGCUCCGCAUGCCGAUAUCUUCAGGAGCAGGGCCACCGGGCUGAGGCCACCACAUUGCACACAGCUCCCCAAGGUGCAGCUAUGGCUGUCAGCACCUUCCGAAAGCUAGAUGGAAUCUGUUGGCAGGUACGCCAACGCUUUGGAGACACUGGGGUCCCUGGCCGCUUCUUGCUCCAAGGGGCCCGUGGGCCAGUGCAUGUGGUUGUCGCUGAGACUGACUACCAGAACUUCGCUGUCCUGUAUCUGGAGCAGGCGAGGAGGCUGUCUGUGAAACUGUAUGUCCGCUCACUCCCGGUGAGUGAUUCUGCCCUGAAUGUGUUUGAGCAGCGAGUCAGAGGAGCCAACUUGACCGAACACCAGGUCUUUUUCUUCCCCAAGUACGGUUUCUGCGAAACUGCGGACCAGUUCCACACCCUGAACGAGGUGCGGAGAUGAGGCCAGAUGGUGGAGAAACUGUGGACAGUGGACUGCUCUCAGAGAGUUCUGAGCACCCUGAACAUGCUCCCGGAGUCUUCUGUCUGUCCUCAGAAGCAUGCCUUCACGCAGCUCUGUUGUCCUGGGGGCUUCUCAGUAAAUGUCAGACUUGGCCCUGG